AUGGCGAUCAGGGUUCCUCGCAUGCUACAAUCAUCAAAGCAGAUUCUACGUCAAGCAAAACUGUUUUCAUCUUCCUCCUCCUCUAGCUAUCUUGAAGUUCCAAAAGGCUACUUAGCGGUUUACGUAGGAGAAAGAAAGAUGAAGAGAUUUGUAGUUCCCAUCUCGUACUUGAACCAACCUUCAUUUCAAGAUCUCCUAAGAAGGGCAGAGGAAGAAUUUGGAUUUGAUCAUCCAAUGGGCGGCCUCACUAUUCCUUGCAGUGAAGAAACCUUUAUCAAUCUUGCUUCUCUCCUCAACUGAUCAAGACUCACUCAAAUAACCUUUUCUGUUAAGUGAAAUGUAUUCCCAAACAGAGAUCAAAGCAAAUACAAAGCUGGAUAACGAUUAUAUUGAUGAUAGACUGUUUACAAGUACUCAAGAACCUUGAGAGAAUUAUUAAUGGAGUCUCUCCUCUCCCCCUUUCACUCUUUUGAUCUAAUCCCUCGAUGGUCUUAUUCUCAAAGCAACAAACGACUUAAAUAGAAAAGGCAAAGACGGCUCCGUCACUCCCACUUGCUAAUCCGUUAACCUCUCACGUGCACUGUGAUCCUCCACGUCAUUGAUCCUUAGUGUGUAGAUAAGCUCCACUUGCACCUCACCUCGUCUUCUAGAAGCAUUAUCCUUUCUUUACCCAUUACUCUUGUACCAGUGCACAUAACAUUUUCACAAUGAUUUUGUACAUUUCUUUCAGAUAUUAGUUUUCUUCAAGAGAUGAGAUGACAUCUCUCCUUGAAAGUGAAACAGAGACAGUGUAACACUCUUUUUCCUCACUUAAAAAAAGAAGAACUAUCUGAAACCAUUGUACUGUGUGUGAAAAAGGUAGGCCUUGAAGGUUCUGAAAGAGCAAGAGUAUGUCCAUCUAACAUCAGAAGAACUGAAGCCAUGCUUGGCCUCUCUGAAACUUUAUCUUGGACACAAAGAAGACCAAUGUUUAUGCAUCUCAGGAUCAUGUUCGAUGAAUGACUUGACAUUGUCAUCAAAACCUUGUCCACAAGAUUCAAGGCAAUACCUUCCUUCCAAUUUUUCCAUGCCUAAACCAAAAUUAUUAGUAAUCCAAGGUUGUUAAUGAAACAAUAUGUGAUCAUAGUUCUUUUGUUUUUUUUUUCCAAUAUAAUAAAAAAAAUACUUACGAAGGUAAGGAGGCCUUCCAUGCUGUC